AUGGCCCAACCACCCACGACCACGAUGACCAAAUGCUACCUCCUCUCCAUUCCCCCAGAACUCCGCCUCGAAAUCUACGACAAUUGCUUGGCCGACUUCGACAUCGGAUACAUCGGAUCUGCCAAACUCCUCGAUCAUCAUCGGAAAACUCUCAAGCCUACCUUGCUCAAUAUCUGCCAGCAGGUACGCGAUGAAGCGCUCCCGCUCUACAAAAGGAGCCUGGAGAAGAAGCGCUCGAUCGAAGCGACUGAGGCCGACGAGAAGUGGCAAGCUGCUAGAAAAGACUUCGGCGCAGAACCGGACGUGCGUAAAGCCGAGUGGCGGCAUCGAUGUGCGAGGGAACGUAACGGCAAGUGGGCAGAUCGUGACGGGAUGUAUGUCGAGGAACUGAGGAGGGUCCGAGAGCAUGAGAAUAGGGAGAUGCCAUGA